CAGGAGGCUUAAUCAAUAUCAAAAUGUUUCGAAUAUUAAUGAAUUACUAAAUGUUUUUUACAAACAUAUUUUAAAUGAUUUUGAUAUUAGUAAGCAUACUACAUUGUUUAUAAUUGAUGGAUUAGAUGAGUUUAAAUAUUUAAAUGAAUUAUUAAAUCCAAAUUUAAGUUGUACCUUUCCGAUUGUUAAUGCUUUAGCAGAAAUUCAAAGUUAUAAACAUGUAGUUGCUGGUAGAGUUUACGCAAUUGAUAAAUAUCAAAAUAUAUAUCCAGAGCAUAUUGAUAAGUUAACCAUUCAAAUAAUGGGGUUUAACCAAGAUGGAGUUGAAAAUUAUGUAGAAAAUCAUGUCAUAGAAGAAAAAAAAAAAGUUGUUAAAGCAACUUUAAAUGAGUCUCCAAUUGCAAAAGUUAUGGCAUUUGUUCCAUUUUAUUUAUCUUCCAUGUGUAAAAUUAUUAGUGAUUCAAGCAAAAUAUAUACAACUUCUUUCUUAACGAUGACAGAAUUGUAUGCAAAUAUUUUUUUAUACUUUUUGCAAAAACACAUUAUCAAAAAUAAUGGAUUGGUUUAUGAAAUGAUGGCAAAUGAAAAUAAUAAGAAAUAUGUAUUAACCAUUUGUAGGAUAGCUUUUGAAUUGUUUAUUGAAAAUAAAUUUAUUUUUUCAAAAGAAGAAGUUUUACUAUUUAUCAAUAACUUUAAUGAAGUUGAUGAAAGUCUUUUUGGUUUUAUAGAAAGGGUUGAAACACAUCUUGGUUAUUUUUACCAAUUCGCACAUUUGACUGUAAUGGAGUUUUGUGCAUCUGUAUAUGCAUACAAUUGUUUAAGCUUUGAAGAGAUUAUGGCCAAUGAAAAGCUGAAGAGUUGUUUAUCAAUGAUUUGUGGAUUAAGCAAUAAAAACCAAAAUAUUAUAUUAAAGUUUCUUGUUAACCUGAAUCCUUCUAAAAAAUCAAAAGAGGAGUCUUCACUUUUGAUUCCUAUUUUGGAUCGUCUAUCUAAAAGUAUUGGUACUUUUGGUGAUUAUAAUUUGUUCUACGAAUGUUUUUACGAAAGUCAAUCGUCAUUCACUGAUGAAAUAAACUCAAUUGUUGAUAAACGAAAUAAAGAACGAUGGUUUGGUGGUUGGACGAUUUUGAUUGACGAUGGAAAAACUUCUUACGCAACUUCUUGCGAGAAUUAUUUCGUAAAUUAUUACAUAAAAUCUGGAAGAAAGUUAAAGUGGUUAUAUGUUGAUAAAAAUAUUUUAAGUGAUGAAGAAAAAAAUCUUUUAAUUCGAUGUUCAACUAAUAUUCGCGAUGUCAGCUUUUAUCAUCCAAUUAAUUUCGAAGGAUGGAAACCGAAAGAUAAGAUUAAAGUGUUGAGGAUAUUGAUCUCACGUUAUUUAAUAACAAAAAAAGAUUUUGAAAAAAAUUUUCUUCCUUGGAUUAAUCUUUGUGAAGAAUUAGAUCUUGAACUUCACGACGACAUUGAUUUCUUUAAAGACAUUUGCGAAUGGAUUCGUUGUUCGAACAUCAAGAAGUUUGUGAUCAAGUACCGUGGAAAAUAUUUUCGUAACCUCGAUGAAUUAACUUUAUAACGCGGGAAAAUGUUUAAUAUUUAAAUAUAUAAACUAAA